UAUGGCUUUAAGAGUUUACUACCAACACUGCACUCUUUUCACUCACACGCCGCAGAAAGUUUGGAGGCCAGGCGAGCAGCGGGAUACCGACGGAUAGGAAGUGACGGGGACGGAGUUUGAGAAGGAGGAAAAAAAAAAAGAGAGAGAGGGAGAGAGAGAAGACGUGAACAUCAGCGCAAAGCAGAAUGAGAAGCGACUUGCAAUCAUCGGACUAUUGACUGUGGUGCGGGAGGGAACUGAAGUGCGCAUGAUCUUAUCAACAACACCGGAGCGAGAGACUUUCAAUGGAAGGGAACUGGUCCCAGAAGUGAAAGGGAGAGAUUCCAGAGAGGACGUUUGUCGUCUUGUUUCUGUGAAUGUGCUUGUAAUUCUGGAAAGCACUGACACACGGCGGUGGUGGUGGUGUUGGGGGACCGUAUGAAAGAGCGACCAAUUAAACUUUGAACAUGAAGGAAAAGACUUGAGGAAACAACACAAGAGCACAGCUGGGAUAUGAGCGGAGAUCUUUGGAUUUCGCCGCGAUUUUUUUCUCCUCUGUCGGGUACAGUUUUGCGUCUUUGGGGAUGUUUGCGAGUUGCAUCUCUGCGGCUUCAGUUCGGAUACUGACUCGUUUCUGCGCCCUGGUGCUGGUCGUCUCUGUGGGACUUGCUUCAGAGCUGCGGGUCCGGGUCCGACUCUCUGACGGACUGGUGACCGAGGAGGUUUUGGAGGCGGACAGUGAGAAAGACUCGAUAUCAGUCGAAUUCAAGCAGGGAGAUGGGACGCUCAUCACCUUUGUGGUGGACUUCAAACGGGAUGUGAAAAUAUUCCGAGCGCUGAUCCUGGGCGAGCUGGAAAGAGGGCAGAACCAGUACCAAGCCCUGUGCUUCGUCUCCCGCCUCAACCGCAAUGAGAUCAUCCCCAGUGAGUCCAUGGCCCGUCUCAGGCAGAAAAAUCCCCAGGCCAUUCGCUUGGCAGAGGAGCGGAGAGGACUGGAGCAGCUGACCAUGAGCGUGGCGGUCAAUCUAAGUCGGGCCUGGCACCUCAGCUCCCACAGCAACAUGUGUAGCGAGGCUCGCGAGGCGAUCUACACCAGGGAGGCAGAUGUCAAACACUGGCUGGAAAAAGGGGUGGAUGGCUCCAUAUUUGAGGUCCUGCCCCAAACAACAGAGCUGCCCAGCUUUCAGGCCUGUCAUUCUACCAAAGACUUGUGGCAGCCAUGUCUCUGCACAUACAGCCUGCGUCUGGAGUGGUACCCAUGUCUGCUGAAGUACUGCCGCAGCCGGGAUACAAUGGGCAAAGGCUCCACCUACAAGUGUGGCAUCAAGAGCUGCAGCAAGGGCUACCAUUUCACCUACUACGUUCCCCAAAAACAACUCUGCCUGUGGGACGAGGAGACCUAGAGUUCUGUUGCGGAUGUUUAAGAAACGAGAAUACGUGUUCUUUUUUUUUUUUUUUUUUUCUUUGUUUUUUUCGCCAGCAAAGCCAAUGCUUCUCCACCCAUGCUAUUCAAAGUAGCCACAGCAACACUGGACCUUGGUUUAGAUCACAUCAAGUGAAGCUGUGUCAGGUGGGGAGUGCUGAGAUCCAGAUGUUCGUGCUGAAGCAGAACUAAAUUCAGGUUCCAAAUGAGACCAAAAACUUUUAAGGAAGAUGCAGCAAAGUCACUAAUGUUAAAACAUUUCUAGUGGAAUAAUGACACAUUGCUGUCAGCCUUAAUGUCUUUUUUUUUUUGCCGAGAAGCUGUCACUUUUGUGCCUUUUCUGGGAAAGUGAGUGGAGCGAAUGACACAAAACCUCUCAAGCCUCUCAAACAAGCUAUGAUAUGCACAAAGGUGGACGGUUGAACACCAGCAGAGGAACAACACUGUCCCACUCUCAGUCAAAGGAGGUAGACAAAUUCUUCCCUCCAGGUGAAGGAAAAUUUGGACGGUGGAUUUAUCGGUCUUCUAAAGCUCUGUGAAAACAAUUUUAUUGCCAGCUGAAUGCUGGUUUAUACCAUGUAAGCAUGCUUACAAAGAAACAAAUUCUCCAAUGCUGGCUUUAUUUAUUUUGGUUGCAAAGUGAAAUUAUGGAGGACUAUUUUUUUUUUAAUCUUUUUAAUAUAAUAACCUCAUCUGUUUUCUUUCCUGUUUGCAUUAAACAGUUUCUGAAGUCCAUCAUUCUAAAACCACACAUCCUCAGUAACAAAGUAUUCAAACACAUUUCAGGGUAACCUCUUGGCUGUUGUUUCUCAUGCGUACGCUGUGCUUAUAUGUGGCCUGUUUUCAUUUUUGCAUAGAUGGUGACAAAAAAAAAAGGCUUAUUGUCAUAUUUAGUCCUGAGUUGCUCUGUCAUUACCCAUGGGGACACCUGAUGCCACGCCGCUCUAAGUCUUUUUAAAAAGUGUCAAACCAAAGUCAAAAGAAAUGCUGUCAAAUGAGCAGCCUUUCAAUUUCUAGACACAGUUUGUUUUUCCCAUGUGAGGAUUCGCUGAAGCGUCAGUACAGGUAGGCGCUUUAAUAAUCUACACUGCCAUCUUCUGGUUAACCAACAUUUUUAAAUUCUUAUCUGGUCUGUAUUUCACUGCAAGAAUUCUGCUUCUUGGUUUUCUGGUUUUGUCUGUUCACAUCAGCAGUUAAAUGCUUAUAAUUUAUGCAUCUCGUGCCCCUGAUAAGGAGCGCUUCUUAAAUUUGUGGGACCAAAUGUAAUUUGUCUGUCUGUUCUCUAGAGCACUAGGUUCAAGUAGGAGUUUUGGACUGCUUUUCCUCCAUCUUAACUUCAGCCUUUUUACUGCCAUAGCAUUAAAACAAACAAACAAAAAAGUUGUGUUUAGUGUGUUGGUAUGUCCUGCUAACUAAAGAACCAAAUGAGUUGAAACACUUCUAUUGUGGCCUUCUCUGGUGAUCAAGUGCCUUAACAUUUCCACUGAUGUUUUUGCUAUGUAAUUGUAGAUUACAUUGUUAAACAUAUAUUUUUUUUUCUAUGAAAGAGUUUUUAAUAUGUUGUAAAAGCUGCCAUAAGGAGAAAAUGAAGCAAUUAGGUAAUGUACCAUUUAAGAGCAGUUUUACUUGUUUUAAU